CUGCGAGCUCUGCCUCCUCCUCCUCCUCUUCCUCCUCCUCCUCCUCCUGCACUCCUGCAGCUCCUGCUCCCAGUGCCGUGUGCUGGAUGCCGCCGGAGCCGGGGCAGGAUGCGGCUGCGGGGCCCGGGCAGGAUGAGGAUGAGGAUGCGGGGCUCGGCGCUGCGGGUGCUGGUGCCGCUGCUCGGCUGCCUGCUGGCCGCGGCGUCCAGCACCCGGCCAGAGUGCAGCAUCAUGCAGGAGAUCGAGGAGGAGCGCAGCCAGUGCCUGGCAGAGCUCACCUGGGACAACCACACCUCAGGCUGCAGGAGGCAGUGGGACAACAUCACCUGCUGGCCUGAAGCAGAGGUGGGAGAAGUCGUGGUGCGGCCGUGCCCCAAGUACUUCAGGUUCCUGACCUCCUUCCUGGGGAAUGUGACCAGGAAUUGUACAAGCCAGGGCUGGUCAGAUGUGUACCCUGCACCCUACGCUGUGGCUUGUGGAUAUGAUUCCAACAGCACUCCAGGAGAAGAGCAAACGGCGUUCUACGGAACGGUCAAGACCGGCUACACCAUCGGGCACACCUUAUCCCUCAUCGCGCUCACGGCUGCCAUGAUCAUUCUGUGCCUCUUCAGAAAACUACACUGUACUCGAAAUUACAUUCACAUGCACCUCUUCAUGUCCUUCAUCAUGAGAGCCAUUGCAGUUUUCAUAAAGGAUGUCAUCCUGUUUGAGAGUGGGGAGUCUGAGCACUGCUUUGUGAGUUCAGUGGGCUGCAAGGCUAUGAUGGUUUUCUUCCAGUACUGUGUCAUGGCCAACUUCUUCUGGCUGCUGGUGGAGGGGUUGUACCUUCACACCCUGCUGGUCAUCUCCUUCUUCUCAGAGAGGAAAUACUUCUGGUGGUACAUCCUGAUCGGCUGGGGUGCCCCCUCUGUGUUCAUCACUGCCUGGACUAUUGUCAGGAUUUACUUUUUCGAUGUUGGGUGCUGGGAGGAAAUAGUGGAAUCCCCAUUCUGGUGGAUCAUUAAAACUCCUAUUUUGGUGUCUAUUUUGGUGAACUUCAUCCUCUUCAUCUGCAUCAUCCGUAUCCUGGUCCAGAAGCUGCAUUCCCCAGAUGUUGGGCACAACGAAACCAGCCAAUAUUCGAGGCUGGCCAAGUCCACUCUGCUGCUGAUCCCUCUCUUUGGCAUCCACUACAUCAUGUUUGCUUUCUUCCCCGACAAUUUCAAAGCAGAAGUGAAGCUGGUCUUUGAGCUUGUGGUUGGGUCAUUCCAGGGAUUUGUGGUGGCAGUUCUGUACUGCUUUCUCAAUGGAGAGGUGCAAGCUGAGCUCAAGAGGAAGUGGCGGAGGUGGCACCUGGAGAGGUUCCUGGGCUCGGACAUGAAGUACCACCACCCUUCCCUGGGCAGCAACGGCACCAACUUCAGCACCCAGAUCUCCAUGCUGACCAAGUGCUCGCCCAAGACGCGCCGCUGCUCCGGCUUCCAGGCUGAGUUCUCUCUGGUGUGAUGGGGACAGGCUGCCCAGGCACUGAGCAUCCAAAACUGAGACAUGAGGAGCCCCAGGAGUCAGUGGUGCCAUGAGAAACCCCUGUGAAAUGACCUGCUCCACAUGAGCCAACAGAGGACACACAACUGGAAAAGCCGCUGGCAGCCAGGAUGAGAUGGGACAAGCCAAGAGGCAGAGGGACACUCUUGCUCUCCCUCUUUUCAGGCCUUUCACUCCUCAGUUUCAAGCCCUCAGGGGUUGGUGACUCUGAGGAAUUGUCCAAGUUGCUUGAGGACAGCCUGGGAGAUGCUGAUGUGUCACAAAUGAUGUGCUGGGGGUAAGGGAGGGAGAGCCGCAGUCCUCGGUGGCUUUACCAGAACUGGCAUCUCUGAAACAGGCAAAUUGCACUUUUUAAUUUUUUUCUCUUUUUUCUCUUUUUUUUUUUUU